GUACAAGACCCGUCACCCGUAUCCCAUCAUACUGUCCACUCACCUGGUCACCCAGCUCUUCACUCACCACAGACACACAAAGAUGGGGACCACAAGCUUGGGGGUGAGUGCAAUCAUUGUGUAUUCAUUAUUAUUACAAAAAUAAAGUUACAAGGCUCUUCAGUUUGAAACAGUGGGGUGUAUUAAACUAUUUGUCACUUAUUUCUAAAUGAUACUCACCUUUCUUCAAGAAAUUGCACAAAUAAGAAAAAAAAGUAUUAAAAUUAAAAUUAUUUGCAUUGCCCUUCAUUUGAAAUGAUUUAUGAAUGAAGGGAGAAACAUAUUUGAUAUACAGUGCUCUUUAAUUAUUUGAAACUGUAUAAGAUACUCUUAAUUCUAUAUAAAUAAAUUUACAUCAGAGUAGCUCAAAUUUUUACAAUACACUUAGACCAAGAUACAUUUCAUAAGUGCUUCAAAGUGUCAUGCAUAAACUGUCUAUUGAUCUAAUCACAGGUCAUUUUGAUCAAUUUCAUUUGAGUUGACCGGCACUUUUUCUCCCCAGUUGUCAACAUGCAGGCUCGUAUCCUGCCACAGAGAGCAUGGGCUGCAGCUAUCCCAACCAUCCUGUCUCACAAAGGUUUUGACACUCUACUCACCCCAACCCCUGAGUCACAGCAAGGUUCUGUCCAGCACACCCCGGCAUCACCCUUGGAGAGGUUUUUUGCUUGCACCAUCAUGAAGAAACACACCAGUAGAUUGGUGAACACAGAGCAGUCGGUAGGUCAACACUAUGAAAGUUCUAAACAAUGUUAGCACCACACAUAGCUGGCACAACACAUUCAGGGUACAUUGAUGUAGAUUUGAAAGAUAUGGUCUGGCAAGAAGAUAUUUUUGAAAAUAAUUUCUUCAUCUUUGGGCAUUUAAAAAUGAAGAUUUUUUUUUUUCUAAGCUAUCAAAGCAAAUUGUGUAUUUUUCUCUUUGGGCAGUUAUAUUUUGAAUGCCAUGGUCAAUUAAAGAUAAAAAAUGUUUCAUGAAACUAUGCUUAUAUAACUGGAGCAGUCAGAAGUGAACCCAAUGUAAAUUGCAGUGCUGGUAAUAUUGAUUUCAAUGUCUUUAAAAAAUUUAAAGCACACAAAAUGCUUCUCUUUUACUAAGCUUUAAAUUUUCUUCAUUUCAAAUAAUUAACCCUUUCAGUUGCUUUAAGGCUUUCCAGCCCUUACUCCUUAGUCUCAUUACAGUCAAAUUUCCCCCGUAACAACACGUCAUUUUCAACAUACUUUAGUGAAGGUAACUCUUCUUAACAAAGAGCCUAGUUAUAAACAGGAAGUGUCAAGCUCUUCUUUUGUCGCAGUUUGGUGGCUGUGCGCUUGAUUUUACACUUCUUUUGAUUUUUAAAAAAAUGUGCUGUGUUGACAGUAGAUGUAAGCUUAAUUGCAAUAGCCCUUUUAGAUCCCUUUAAAAGAAGAUGAAGAUUAAAUUGAUAGAUAUGACGGGUCUAUACAAUUGUGUUGUUUAAGAAAAAUUAGGUGUUACUGGUCCUAAUGUAGACUUAUUUUAAAUAAAAUUUCAUCUUUUCUAUACAAUUAUCUGUAUUUUUUUUUUAUGGUUGGAUUCAAGAUUGAUUUGUAAUAAAUUUUUUAAUUCAGCAACUUCUGAUAAAAAUGUAGUUAUUUCCCUUUGCCAGAUAAUUUCUUAACUGGCGCUAUGAUACUGAGAUGGUUCAUUUAAUCUUUAUUUAAACAUCUUUUUAUAACCAAAAUAUCUGAAAUAUUUUAAAAUGUAAAUGGAUGUUUUAGGAGGUAAAGUCGUGUAGUGUCAGCCCACAGUGGCAAGUGUCAUGGCAUAUGUUAUUUUGUUGUAACACCCAUAUGAACUCAACAGAUGCAGAUGAUACCCAGCAAUGAGCCUGGUGUCAUAUGUUUUAAAGUGGA